AUGGCCAUGGCGGAGGCCGCAAGUCUCCUGCCUGGCCUCCCCGAUGAGAUCGCCACCUGGGAGAUCCUCGUUCGCCUGCCCCCCAAAUCCAUCCUCCGCUGCCGUGCCGUCUGCCCCGCCUGGCACCGCGCCACCACCGCCCGCGGCUUCCUCCUCGCCCACCACGCCCGCCAGCCCGCCCUCCCCCUCCUUUACAGCAAAGAUUAUAAUUGCAGCGUCGGCGACGACAUCAAGUCCAUAGACAUCAUCCCCUACGACCACAGGGCAGCCGACAAGCUCCACUCCGUCGCACGGCUUGAUGGCGCCUCCCACAUCUCUCUCGAGGCCUGCUGUGACGGCCUCCUCGUCUUACGCACCUAUAGUAAGAGGGGUGAAGGCUACGCUCUGACGACCUUCAUCUGCAACCCUGGCACUCGUCAAUAUGCUCCCCUCCAUCAGCUUGAUGGCUUCGGGCUCCUGGGAAUGUACCCACACAGCCCGUCCGGCGAAUACCGACUACUGGUGGUCCAAAAGACCAAGAAGAGUGAUGGCUGCUACGUCUACACAAUAGGCUCUAGCCAGCCGCCGAGGCACAUAGGAUGUCCUGAUGACAAGGAACUGAUGACUUCCCCUGAAUCUGUCUUUUUCCGUGGUAGCUUGCAUUGGCACACAGACACCAUGAUAACGGUGUUCGACACCACCAACGAGUCGUUCCGGCAGAUGCACUCUCCCAUGGUUUCGGCAGAUGACCAUGCUGAACUGUUUGAGAUGAGUGACAUGCUUGGCAUGUUCUGUUUUAAUGAAAAAGAGAACAUUGUUGACAUAUGGGUGAUGCAGGACUAUGAAGGCGAAGUCUGGGCCUUACAACAUCGGGUUAAAUUGCCGAUUGCAGAGAUCAUGGAGCAAUUCGAAUAUUCUGGAGGUUGGUUUGAUCUGGUGGCCGCAUCUUGGGAUGGUGACGUGCUACUGCUGAUUCAAUUUCAAGAUAAUUGGCUACUUCAGGUUGACAUGGAUGGCAAGUUGAUUGUUAAUAUCCAUCACAGAUUCAUGUAUCCAACUCUACUUCGGCUCAAGCAAUCUCUACUUUCACAUAUCUUCUUUCCGCCACUGGAGGAUUAUGUUGUCAAUGCUUCACCUUUCAUCUGA